CGCCGUGCCGGCGUCCCGGUGCACCGAGCCGCGGCGACGUCGCCGACACUCGGCCCAUCGACGACGACGUUCCAGUUGCGGCGCAGCAUCUACGGAGCGCGGACCGGAGGAAAAUGUGCGCUCGGACCGGCUGACGAUAUACGACGCUUUUUGGAUUCGAUUUGGGACGGUUCCGGGUUUUUUUUCGAUUUAGUUGUGUUGAGGGUGGUUUAGAGGGACGAUGCGGGGGUCGGAUUUGUUUUGGUGUUUGGUGGUGAAUGUGUGUUUUGUGGCCGGCUUCAACAUUGAGACUUUCAAUUAUGCGAUGUUCAGGACUCCGCCGUCCAAUUCGGGCUCUAUGUUUGGAUUUACGGUCGCCCUGCACAAGGAGGACCAUCAGCGUCCGUGGAUCCUAGUAGGAGCACCGGAAUACCAAUCGGCAUAUCAGCCCGACGUCAUAAACGGCGGGGCCGUUUUCAAGUGCAGAACCGGAGAAAACGAUUCAUGUGAAGAAAUUCCAUUCGAUACCGAAGGAAAUCGAUAUUUCGGCCAAAACCAGCUGGACAACAAGACGAUGCAGUGGUUCGGUGCCACGUUGAGCACUUCUGGCUCAGUUUCUGGGCCCAUUGUGGCUUGUGCACCGAGGUACGUGUGGUUCACCAGAGAUUUCAACAGGAUCGACCCGGUGGGUACUUGCUACGUGUCCGAUGGUCAUUUUCGUCAUUCUGAUGAGUAUUCACCCUGCAGAACAGUUCAUUGGGGGUACCACAGACAAGGUUCAUGUCAGGCUGGGUUCAGUGCCGCCAUCAAUUCGGUCGGAGAUCGCCUCUACAUCGGUGCACCAGGCAGCUAUUAUUGGCAAGGACAAAUGUACUCUGUAGAUGCUCAUGCAAGAUUUAACUAUACACCUGGAGUAUAUCAAGAAACGUUUGGGGCGAAAGGCUCGGUGUACCAACAGAGUUUGGAAACGAGACCGGCCGCCUUCUCGACCACCGAAGGCACGGCCGAGUACGACGACUCGUACAUGGGCUACUCCACCAUCGUGGGCGACUUCCAGUCGACCGGUGAGCAGGGCAUCGUCGUCGGCAUGCCCCGCGGCACCGGCCUGCAGGGCAAGGUGCUGUUCUUCACGUGGAACCUCACCAACUACAAGAACAUCUCGAGCACCAAGAUCGGCUCGUACUUCGGGUACUCGUUGGCGGCCGCCGACGUCGACGGCGACAAACGUUUGGACUUGAUCGUCGGGGCCCCCAUGCACACGGAGCCGAACAACGAGGGCAAGUACGACGUGGGGAGGGUUUACGUUUUCUACAACUCGGGCGGGUUCUUCAACACCACCGACAUUCUGGACGGCGCCAACUCCAAGGCACGCUUCGGGCACUCGCUGUCCACCCUGGGGGAUCUGAACCGGGAUGGAUAUGAUGAUUUCGUCGUGGGUGCUCCGUACGACGGCAAGAACGGCAGGGGUGCCGUUUACAUCUAUUACGGUUCGAGUGAGGGUGUACGUCUGAAGUACGGGCAGGUGAUCUACGCUGAAGACUUGAACGUCGGUUAUCCGGUUACCACGUUUGGUUUUUCGGUCACGGGAGGCUUGGACAUGGAUGGAAACGAGUACCCGGACAUGGGUGUGGGUGCUUACUUAUCAGACACAGCCUUCUUCUUCAGAGCUAGGCCAGUUGUUAAGGUGGACGCCUUUGUUAAGUUUAACACCGAAGGCAACCAAAUCGAUUUAAAACAAAAGAACUGCAACUUGUUGAACGGCCAAAGGGGCACCUGCACAUCCAUUGACUUCUGUGUCAUGUACAGUGGCAUCGGAAUUCCCAGAUACAUUAACUUAGAUUUGCAAUACAUUUUGGACACGAAGAAAAUUGGACGUCCCAGAAUGUUCUUCGUGGAUCACGACACCUCCACCUUCAACGACACCCUCACCUUACAAAUCGAUAACCCUCAAAUUUGCAGGACGAAGAAAGUCUACGUUAUGAGCGACAUCCGUGAUAAACUCACUCCAUUGGAGGCUGAAGUCAAAUAUCACUUGACGGAGGAUCGGGCACGUGCUGAAGCCUACGGACGACGUGAUCCAAACUCCUUCCUAACACCCACUCUGGACCUGAACGCUCCUCCCUCCAAAAAGGACUCCAUAAGCAUUCAGAAGAACUGCGGCUCAGACAACGUGUGCAUACCUAAUCUGGCCAUCCGAGCUGACUCAAACGUCCAGGAGUAUCUGUUGGGCUCCGACACGAAUAUCAUGUUCGACGUCGUCGUUUCAAACCACGGUGAGGACGCCUUCGAAACAACCCUCCAGAUCAAAUACCCCGAGGGCGUCUACUACAAGAAGCACGAGACCAGAGAGGGCCAACACGUCCUGUGCAGCCCGCUGCAGAACAACACCAUCGAAUGCCAAAUCGGCAAUCCGUUGCAAGCUGGGAAAAUUGUGGAGUUGACCGUGCUGUUCCAGCCAUAUUACAAGGAAGGAAUGCCGCAAAGCUACGAAUUCGAUAUGUCCGUCAACAGCACCAAUCCGGAGAAGGACACCUACAAGGACAACAACCGACACUUUUCAAUCAAAAUUUGGAUCGACUCUAAAUUGGAUCUGUUGGGUGUGUCGUAUCCCAAAGAAGUCCAGUACAACUCCUCGAGAUACACAGCGGAAGAAAUACGAAGGGAAAGCGACAUCGGCCCUCAAGUCACGCACGUUUACAACUUGAUCAACAAGGGACCCGCCACCAUUGAUGAAUCGGAAAUAUUCAUCCUGUGGCCUUACCAAACGUUGGCGGACAAAGACUUCUUGUACCUCCUCGACCAACCGCACACUUUGGGCAACGUAAAAUGCGAACCCACCAUCGCCAAUUACAAAAACUACGAAUUGGAGCGUCACUCGAAAACGAUCUGGGACCGACUGAAAAUCGACGCGAACGCCGGCGGCCAUCUGGCCUCCGAACUGGGCGGCACGAUUUCGAAGGCGCACUCGUCCGGCGCCGCCCAAACCGACGUCAAAAUCGAACAGGGAAGCGGCAUCCGCGGAACCCAAGGGGGAGCCAUUUCCACCAGUAAACUGAACAAGGAAAUCGGAUCGUCCGGCGACGGAUCGAUUGUGCACAAGAAGCGCCAGAACGAAACGUACACGUACAUCUCGACGAAGCCGACCAUCAAGCACACCACCGAGGAGAUUACCAGCAGGUGGAACUCCAGUUACAUCAACGGCGUCCCUUACAUAACCUUCACCAACACCACCAUCGUGAGGGACUCCAAGGGCAACGUCAUCAACAACUUCACCAGGUCGAACACGGUGAGGGACUACAACUUCCAACGCGGCGGCCAGUACCAGCCCAAAAUCAUUUACACGUCCACCGGCGGCAACCGCAAUCAGGGGGCCACUUCGUACUCGAUUUCGGGUGGGGCGCAAGGCGGCCAGUCCUCGGCGUCUCACGGUUACUCGCAGGGAAGCAGGGGACAGAGUCGUGGUGGUACUUAUGAGGAACACCGGGAGUCUGGUUACUCAAUUGGAGGCAGCCAACAUCAGGGACAGAGUCAAGGUGGACGAGCCAACGUUAGAUAUCAAGGAGGGGCGCAAGGAGGAUCGUAUGAGGCACGACAGGAAAGUAGUUACUCCGGUGGAUCUCGUCAGGGACAAGCGCAAACUGGAGGCGGCGACGUAAGAUACCAAGGAGGCAGUCAAGGUGAAACUAGUUAUACAAUAAGGAAUAGAAGUCGAACCCAAGAGGGAUCCCGUCAAGGAAGCGGAAGUGGUACUGGAGGAAGGUAUGAGUCACACCAUCAAACUGGUUACACAGAGAGAGGUGGCUACAACCAAGGACAAGGGCAAACUCAGUCUGGAAGCUUUAACGUCAGAUAUCAAGGACAAGGAGGUCAACCAAGUGGUGUCCAAGAUGGAGGGACUUACGAGUCACAUCAUGAAACCAGUUAUGUAAUAAGACAAAAUCAGGACGGAAGAACAGGUGGCUCCAGACAAGGACAAACCCAAGCCGGAGGAGGCAACGUUAGAUAUCAUGAACAAGCUGGAGGAGGAGGCGUUCAAGAUGGUCGCACCUACGACUCACGUCACGAAUCUAGUUACUCAAUAACCGGAGGCAGCCAAACUGGUGGUCAACGUCAACAACACGGGCAAGUCGAAGAAGAUUCGUACGAGGAAGACUACGAAGCGAACUACGGUGGCGCCACCUCAGGACAGUACGGCCAGUACGACUCCCGCCAGGGUGGUUACAGUCACGGGCACGCGUCGUACGGCGGCAAAACGUUGCAGGACAACGUAAUCCAGCACGGCGGUCACAGGCUAAACCAGUCGUCCGAGUCCCGAAGCGGUACGACCAGCUUCGGCGACUUCGUCGUGUCCGGCGACAAUUUCGCCGAGAAGGCGGCCCUGGGCCACGGCUUCACGUUCAACACCGUCAACCUGGACAACGUGCACGGCCAGGCGGGACAGUCGAAGGGCAACAACGACGGGAACUACCGCGAGACUUGGCACAGGGAGGAGACGAUCGAACGCACGGGGGAAAUACCGCCGGUUUACUUCAACACGGUGGCCAGAGACAACGUGCCCACCGACAAGCCCGACUUGAACAAUUUGCACAGAGGUAGAAGGCAAGUGGUCUACGACGACAUCUCCAAGGUGAUCCAGUGCAACACCACCAAGUGUAUCUACAUUAAGUGUACGGUGGGCUCGUUGGUCAAGGAUCAAGAAGUGGUCAUCGCUUUGAGGUCGAGGAUCAACAUGAGGGUGCUCAGGGAGGUGAACACUCAAACCUUAAAAUUCUCUUCGAUGGCCGCAGGCAGAAUAAGCAAGCUCCCCUACGUGGGCAGACCCACAGAGCAACUGUUGCACACGCAUGAAAUUUUCACCGAAGUACCAGCCCAAGAGUCGGAAAUUAAGCCCUACGUUAUUCCACUGUGGGUGGUGGUUUUGGCAGCUGUAGGAGGAACUUUGGCACUACUCCUGAUCAUAUUCUUACUCUACAAGUGCGGCUUCUUCAAGAGGAACAGGCCCCCCACUGCCCCAGAAAGACAACCCUUGAACAGAAACGGAUAUCACCACGGAGACGAAGCACUGUGAAUGCGACAUUAACACGAGCUUUAAUACUGCCAUUUACUUACGUAGUGAUAUUGGAGAUAUUCCAAAAACAAGGGGAAAACAAUGGUCGAACGUUGUGCAAUGUAAAUACGGACACCCGACUGAAAAAACAACGUUUGAUAACACUAACUAAUACGACGACUAAUGUGCUUAAUUAUUUUCCUAACAUGGACCUGAAAUUUGUGUACAGACGAUUUCGUUCAAAAUUAUUUAUUUAUUACAGAUGUUUUAUUUAAUGUGUUAAAUGUGUAUAUUUAGAAUUGUAAUGAAACGUAAUUCUGAGUAUAUGUGUUUAAAUUAUGUAAUUUGACGUGGAUAUAAGCGAUUUUUAUAUAUUUUUGUUGUGUGAGUAGGUCUAAGUAUUGUUUCAUUUUAUAUAAAAAACAAAGAGCCUAAAAUAUGUUGUUGAAAUUUGUUGUUAAAAUUUUAGCUAAAUUAAUUUUACUAAACGUAAUACAUAUUAAUAAUUUUUAGGAAUUCACAGCUUUAAUUAUUGGCGUAUGUGCAAGAACAGUUCUACAUUAAUAUACGAGUAAGAUUUAAUAUGUCAAAGAUAAUUAAAUGAAAAACUAACAUAUCAGUUUUAUAUUGUGGUGCCUAAUCAUUUUUAGACAAUUCGUGAAGUCAUUGUAAUAUUUUUUGUAAAUAAAUACAUAGUAUUAAAUCAAAUAAAUUAAUCUAUUUACAAA